GCUCUGUAGAAUGUUAAUUGAAUUUGCUAAUAUCACCUCGUCUCUACUAUUCAGAUUUGAAUAUGCUGCCACGGGUCUGAGCUCGAAUUUGGAAGCGGCAGAAGCUGACCGACAGCUGAAGUCUCGUUGGUCGCGUGUCGUCGGCUUUUGCUUGCCAUUUUUGGCUCCGGACCGCUGUCACUUCGGCUUCCGAGCUCCUUCACCAGAAUCGACUCUGCCGUGAUGAUGGAUAUGGCCCCAUUUCCGAUGAAUUCUUCUCCCAAAGCAGGCGAUUGUGAUGAUGUUGGUGGCGGCGGAGGAAACGGAGGAGUCGAAAGGUGGUGAUGGCGGGGAGAUUCUGGACCCUGGUUCCUGGUCGCGCCGAAAUGUCAAUUGAGACUCACUUUCAGAUUUCGAGUCACACAGACAUCUUCACCGACAAAGACUUUCUGCACCUCAACACGCUCGCCGACAUUCGCGUGUAGAACAGCAGCUAUACCGCCAGCAUGGGUGACUCCGAGUUCUUCCUGCCAAAUCCCGCAGUGGGCGACCGCAAUGGCGUCGAAGACUGGCGUAUCCGUGGCAUGACACCGCUCACCCCACCUGACCUCCUCCAGCACGAAAUCCGCCAGAAUGAGAAAUCGAAGCAGACAGUGAUCAAGGGCCGCAACGAGGCCGUGGACGUGGUGCAUGGGACGGACAAGAAUCGCCGCCUGUUGGUGGUCAUUGGGCCAUGCAGCAUUCACGACCCGGCCAUGGCGCUGGAAUACUGUGACAGGCUGCUGAAGCUGAAGGAACAGUACGAGGAGGACUUGCUUAUUGUCAUGCGCUCUUACUUGGAGAAGCCUCGCACGACAAUCGGCUGGAAGGGACUGAUUAACGACCCGGACAUUGAUAACUCCUUCAACAUCAACAAGGGUCUGCGCGUGGCGAGACAGAUGUUCGUUGAUCUCACCACGAAGGGCAUGCCAUUGGCUUCGGAGAUGCUCGAUACCAUUUCACCACAGUACACUGCCGAUUUGCUGUCUGUGGGAGCUGUCGGUGCUCGCACAACAGAAUCGCAAGUCCACCGUGAACUGGCGUCUGGUCUCUCCUUCCCCAUCGGCUUCAAGAACGGCACCGAUGGAACUCUGGGUGUAGCCAUUGACGCAAUCGGCGCAGUAAAGCACCCCCACCACUUCCUUUCUGUCACGAAACCUGGCAAUGUCGCUAUUGUCGGAACUGUGGGCAACGAUGACUGCUUCGUCAUUCUCCGUGGCGGCACCAAAGGCACCAACUACGACACGAAGAGCAUCGCAGAUGCGAAAGAGGCACUUGUCAAGAAGGGUCUCCGACCCAGCUUCAUGGUCGACUGCUCACAUGGUAACUCGAAUAAGGAUCACAAGAACCAACCCAAGGUCGCACACGAACUCGCCGAGCAAAUUCGAGCUGGCGAAACUGCCAUUAGCGGUGUCAUGAUUGAGAGCAAUAUCAACGAGGGCAACCAGAAGGUGCCUGCUGAGGGCAAGAGCGGGCUGAAGUACGGCGUCAGUAUCACAGACGCGUGUAUCAACUGGGAAGAUACCGAACUCGUCCUGAAAGAGCUGGCAGAGGCUGUGGCUGCGCGAAGACAGAAACUGGGACCUGUCGAGAAGAACGGCGUCAACGGUCAUGCUUAGAUGCGGAAAGAUGAACAUGAUACACCUUUUCCACACAGUGUUGGCGUUGGCUUCUCAAAAAUAGCGUUUCCUGGGGACAUGGCUUGGUUUCGGAAAAGAUGCGCAUAUGAGUGAUGACUAAGGGAUGUACGUAGGACAUUUGGGGAACAAAAAAGGAGAAUCCACACAACGCCAACUUCCAUUUCUCCCAUCACGCACGUAUCAGCAACUCCAGACGCCAUCAAAUCUAGUAAAACCUGCAAUCCCGAUAACUGCAAAAGCCCAACGCCACCUAUCCCUCCUCCAAACCUAAACCCCCGUCCCACAAAACUUCGCACUCGCAGCAUCAUAUCCAUACGCAUGCUGACUAUGCGUAGAAAUCACUCCGCCCGAAUUAUAAGCCCCACACAAGCCCGCAAUCAUCGCACUCCUGCCCCGUCUCGUACCCGCAUCGCAC